AUGCUCCACAUGGACGUGUGGGGCCCAGCCCGCGUCCGUGGUCAGGGUCAGGAGAGGUACUUCCUGAUAGUUGUUGACGACUACUCGCGCUACACCACGGUCUUCCCCUUGCGCACCAAGGGUGAGGUCCCUGAUGUUUUGAUCCCUUGGAUCCGCAGAGCUCGUCUCCAGCUCAGCGAGCGUUUCCACUCGGACUUUCCUGUCCUGCGCUUGCACUCUGACAGAGGUGGUGAGUUCUCCUCUGACCUCUUGGCAGCCUACUGUGCGGAGCACGGCAUUGAGCAGUCGUUCACGCUUCUGGCCUCUCCACAGCAGAAUGGGGUUGCGGAGCGCCGCAUUGGCCUAGUCAUGGAGGUCGCCCGUACCUCCUUGAUCCAUGCGGCUGCCCCCCACUUUCUAUGGCCGUUUGCGGUCCAGUACGCUGCGCAUCAGCUCAACCUCUGGCCCCGUGUCUCCAUGCCGGAGACCUCGCCCACACUGCUGUGGACGGGGGAGGUUGGCGAUGCGUCACGUUUCCGGGUCUGGGGAUCUCGAGCCUUUGUCCGCGAUACGUCCACGGACAAGCUCUCCUCCCGCGCUGUUCCCUGCGUCUUCCUUGGCUUUGUCCCUGACGCGUCUGGUUGGCAGUUUUACCACGCCACCUCGCGCCGGGUCCUGCCCUCUCAGGACGUCACUUUUGACGAGUCCGUCCCCUACUACCGCCUCUUCCCCUACCGCACUGCCCCGCUCCCUCCCCCGCCUCUCUUCCUCGCACCAGGUGCUGCUGUGGUAGACCCCCUCCCCCCUCAGGGUGCCGCUCCCUCAGGUGUGUCCCAGGUAGACCCGGUUGAGCCUGUUGAGGUAGCUGUUGACUCUCGUCCUGCUGCGGGUGCGGGGCCUGGGGGUGCGGAGCCUGGAGGUGCUGAGCCUGGGGGUGCGGAGACUGGGGGUGCUGAGCCUGGGGGUGCUGAGCCUGGGAGUGCUGAGCCUGAGGGUACUGAGCCUGGGGGUGCUGAGCCUGGGGGUGCUGAGACACGGAGUCCGGUGUCUGGGGGUUCUGAGUCUGGGGGUGCCGGGCCUGGGAGUCCUACACCUGGGGGAGCUCUCUCCUCGGAGCAGCUGCGUGAGUGGUACUCAGAGUACUGCAGCCUCAGUACAGGUGCCUCUGGAGCCCGGAGUACUACUGGGACGGGUGCUGGUGCCUCCCCCCCUCCGCGGGAGCUGCCCUCUCUUGAGCGGAUCCGUGAGUGGUACGAGCGGCGCUGCACUCUCCGGAGUGGCGCGCCUGGAGUCACGGACCCUGGUGCUGGAGUUGGGGCUGCUGCUGGUGCUGCGGACCCUGGAGUUGGAGCUGCUGCUGGUGCUGCGGACCCUGACGUUGGAGCUGCUGCUGGUACUGCGGACCCUGGAGUUGGAGCUGCUGCUGGUGCUGCGGACCCUGGAGUUGGAGCUGCUGCUGGUGCUGCGGACCCCGACGUUGGAGCUGCUGCUGGUGCUGCGGACCCUGGAGUUGGAGCUGCUGCUGGUGCUGCGGACCCUGGAGUUGGAGCUGCUGCUGGUGCUGCGGACCCUGGCGUUGGAGCUGCUGCUGGUGCUGCGGACCCUGGAGUUGGAGCUGCUGCUGGUGCUGCGGACCCUGGCGUUGGAGCUGCUGCUGGUGCUGCGGACCCUGGAGUUGGAGCUGCUGCUGGUGCUACGGACCCUGGAGUUGGAGCUACUGCUGGUGCUGCACGGCCCCGGCCGUACUUCGUUCCGCUCCUUCAGCAGGUUCUUGGUCAGCCUCCUCCUCCUUGUCCUGCUCCCUCCUUAGAGUGUCCUCCGCCUGUCCAGUCGCAGUCCCCGUUACCGCCUGCCUUGCCGCUCCCUGGUCCUUCUCCUUACACUGGUCCCACAGGAGGUCUUACGGAGCGUCGUGAGCCUGAGUCUCGUCCUGUGUCGCCUGCGUCUCGCUCUGCGUCGCCUGUUCGUGCUGCUCGCACUGGUCGUCGUGUCCCGCGUGAGCGUCCUCCUCCUGUCCUUGGCACUCACUACAUGACUCUGCGUCCCUCCACUGCUCCUCAGCGCGUCCCUCUGCCGUCUCCUCCUGCGUCCUCUCUUCCUACCCUUCCUGACCCGGAGUCUGACUCCCUUCGUGCUGCUCGUCCUACUGUCACGCGUCUCCUCGCUACUGUUGUCACUGACCCUACCUUUGAGUCCUCUGCUGCGUCUGCUCUUGUCGCUGAAAUAGUUGACUUUGCUGCCGCUUGUCGUCUCGACUACGCCGCUAGCCUAGUUGCUGCGUCUGAGUCUGUCUGUCCUCCGUCCGUCGGGGGUGAGUGUGCUCUUGGCACGGACGUCCUUGAGGACAGGCAGGAGGAGUUCCAGUGCUUUGCUGCUGCUUUGCCUCAUCUCGUGUCCAUGCUAGUUGCCCCUGAGGGAGACCCGGAUGCACCAGACAUCCCGACCCCGCGCUCUUACGCAGAGGCUAUAGCGGGUCCCUACUCCUCUCAGUGGCAGACAGCCAUGGACGCAGAGAUGGCUUCCUGGAAGUCCACAGGCACCUACGUCGACGCAGUUCCCCCACCAGGGGCGAACAUCGUCAGUGGCAUGUGGAUUUUCAGGGUGAAGCGGCCGCCGGGUUCUCCGCCUGUCUUCAAGGCACGUUACGUUGCUCGAGGCUUCAGUCAGCGUGAGGGAGUCGACUUCUUCCAGACCUUCUCCCCCACCCCGAAGAUGACCACUCUUCGGGUGCUGCUGCACAUAGCCGCUCAGCGCGACUACGAGCUUCACUCUCUUGACUUCAGCACUGCUUUCUUGCAGGGUAGCCUGCACGAGGAGAUCUGGCUGCGCCGCCCUCCUGGCUUCACUGGGUCGUUUCCUUCUGGUACCCAGUGGAGCCUCCGGCGGCCGGUCUACGGUCUCCGUCAGGCACCACGUGAGUGGCACGACACACUGAGGACGACACUUGCGGCACUUGGGUUCGCGCCUUCUACUGCUGACCCGUCGCUGUUUCUGCGCACAGACACUUCGCUGCCGCCGUUCUACAUCCUCGUGUACGUCGACGACUUGGUCUUUGCCACUGCUGACACUCAGGCUCUCGCCCACGUGAAGUCAGAGCUGCAGAAGAGACACACGUGCACAGACCUGGGUGAACUGACAAGCUAUCUUGGCUUGCGGAUCACCCGGGACAGAGCACGGCGCACCAUUACCUUGACUCAGUCACACAUGGUGCAGCAGGUCCUUCAGCGCUUCGGCUUCACGUACUCCUCGCCUCAGUCCACUCCUCUGCCUACUGGUCACUCGCUCUCAGCUCUGCCUUCGGAUGAGUCCGUAGAGCCGAGUGGCCCGUAUCCAAAGCUUGUGGGCUGCCUCAUGUACCUGAUGACCUGCACUCGACCUGACCUUGCAUACCCUCUUAGCAUCCUUGCACGCUAUGUCGCUCCUGGCCGUCACCGGAAGGAGCACAUGGAUGCCGCUAAGAGGGUGUUGCGCUACUUGUGCAGUACGUCGAGCAUGGGGCUAGUGCUUGGAGGGCGAGACCGAGUUGUUCUCACAGGGCACUCAGACGCUUCUUGGGCGGACGACCAGGCCACUCAGCGGUCGUCUCAGGGUUACACCUUCAGCCUUGGCUCUGGUUCAGUUUCUUGGCGUUCUACACGUUCUUCUUCAGUUCUCAGCUCCAGUUGUGAGGCUGAGAUCUACGCCACAGCCAUGGCAGCCCAGGAGCUACGCUGGCUCACCUACCUGCUGACCAACUUGGGAGAGCGGCCUCGUUCUCCUCCAGUGCUGUACGUCGACAAUAAGGCUGCCAUUGCCUUGUGUGAGGAGCACAUACUGGAGCACAGAACGAAGCACAUCGCUCUGCGGUACUUUCUGGCUCGUGAGCUGCAGCAGCGUGGUCAGCUUUGUCUGCGUUACGUGGCCACUCAGGCCAACACUGCUGACGUGUUCACCAAGGUGCUUCAGCCUUGUGACCAUCAGCGCUUCUGUACUCUUCUAGGCCUUGUGCCUACUGGACCUCACUUGCUUACUUCUUGA